GUUUGGGUCGCACUGAGGAAACAGGAUAUUUAACCACGAUCCCACAGGAUUCACGUUUUUCUACCUGUUUCCUCCCAUUUCCUCCCCUUCUCUGCUCUGGACAUUUAGGUUAACAGCCGCCUCCGUGCUUCAGGCUGACUUACAGCACUUUAUAACCCGAACUUUGCUCGUCUCUCGGGCGUAGGCUACAUCUGCAGACCCGCCCUCUGUAGGGAGAGAGAGCCGCGGUGCAGAAUUCAACUAGAUUCCUCCGUUUUACUGGUUUAUAAAGAACAGCUUGAAAAAUGGCCUAUCCUGGAUAUGGCGCGGCCCCCGGUGGAGCUCCAGCGGCGCAGGAUCCUCUCUACGGAUAUUUUGCAGCUGUAGCUGGACAGGAUGGACAGAUCUCAGCAGACGAGCUGCAGAGCUGCCUCACACACUCCGGCAUCUCUGGCUCAUACAAACCCUUCAGCCUGGACACCUGCAGACUGAUGAUCAACAUGCUGGAUAGGGACAUGACCGGCACCAUGGGUUUUAAUGAGUUCAAGGAACUGUGGCAGGUUCUGAGCGGCUGGAGGAACACCUUCGCAUCCUAUGAUCGGGACCGCAGUGGGACGGUGGAGGGCCCUGAGCUGCAGGUUGCCCUCAACUCCAUGGGUUAUAAUCUGAGUCCUCAGGCCAUGAAAAGCAUCAUGGGACGCUACAGCACAAACAGCAGAAUCACCUUUGAUGAUUUCAUGAGCUGUUGUGUAAGACUCAGAGCGCUGACCGACCAGUUCCGAAGGAGAGACACAACUCAAACUGGCAAUGCCACAUUUCAGUAUGAUGACUUUAUCCAGGUCACCAUGAGCACAUGAAGAGGAAACAGAGGGGACACACCAGCCUUUUAUACUCAUCUCAUAUUAACAGCAUGUACUUUCAAUGUGUAUUUUUUGUUUAACAGACUUAAUGUCACAUUACUAGGAACCUUUUGUAAGCAAUGCAUAAUGUAACAAACUAAUACAACUAUGGUAACCUCAGGCUGCACCGAUGGCAAACCCUGUGUGCCUGUAUUAGCUCAUAAUGCUGGUCAGCAAACGAGUGCCAUGUAAGAAAUGAAUAAACAUGUCCACCACAAA